AUGGACCAAUACGUGCAUAGAGAUCGACUAGAGGAGAUCAAGACUGACCACCAGGACACAAUACGAACAUAUGAACGACACAAAGAACGUGCAGAAAAGGAACUUGGCAAGCAAAAACGCAUGUUGAGAGACCUGCAGGAGAAAAACACUUUGCAAAGCGAGACCAUUGAGAGACAAAGGGAGGAAACCAAGAAACUUCAGGAUCAAGUGAGGAGGCAACAGCAAGUGAUCCAAGAUAUGGAGGCAUUUAUCGUCAACCAACUUGGAAUUCCUGCAUUGGAAACAUUCUACCAGGAGGGCGGCCAUUCACGUACCGUUGAACGCAAAGAAACGGAUCCUAUACAAGUAUAUCGCCAGCCUAUCCAUACACAACCUGAUCCAGCACAUACGCACUCUGAUUCAGUACACACUCAAAACCAACUUGAUUCGAUACCCACACAAAAGCGACCUCAUACAGCACAACACAAACCGACUCCCUUGGGUGAAAGCCAACACCAGAACAUAUUGCCUUCUCAAGAUCGCAGCGAGAAAAGUACAUAUACCCUAUCCAAAAAAGAUCCAAAUCAUUCAACUACACGCUUGACAAGCUCUACCAAGAAUCAAUCAGUGCAACCCUAUGUCGAGACCGUUAGGAAAAAGGACGAAAGAGCAAAGCUUCACGGUGCAUCUUGUAAAUGCUGCUCCAAGUACUACAAUGCUUCUGGUGCACUUCCUGGACCAGAUGGAAGGUUAUUAACGCCUGAGGAACGGAUACAGUCAUCAUCACGACAUCGAUCACGAUUCAAAAGGGAAAGGACACCGCCGGCAUUUUGGGAUGAUUUGGAUUUCAUUUCCUCGCAACAAGUGAAUGGGCAAAAGAGUCCAGAUUCACCGAGACGGUCAAAUAGCUUGUAUCUAUAG